AUUGAUUCUACCGUGGCCUUUUGAUCCACGUCCCCUCUUUCGUCGCAGUGCUUAACAACCCUGACAUUUGUCUCCCAAUUCUUCUUCUCUUUUCUUCGUCUAACCUGGAUUGUUAACUCCCCUCCGUCCAUGCUGGCAACAUGAUCGCUUCAUAUGGCGGGAAGCCAGGCUUUCGCGCCAUCUCCCUGAUCUUGCUUGUCGUAGCAUUCUUUGCCGGUGCUAGUCUUGCUUCUACUGGUGAUCAAUUGCCCGAGUUCAAGCAAUGUCUUGACAUCUGCCAAGCCGAAAACUGCGCGCCCGGCAAGGCUGCCACGCCCAUCCCCGCUAACGAGAAUCUGCCAGCCUUGUCCCGCCGCCUCCUCUUCUGGAACUGCGCCUCCGAAUGCGACUACACCUGCCAACACAUCAUCACCGGCGCGCGCGUCGCCACCGACCUCCCCGUUGUCCAGUUCCACGGCAAAUGGCCCUUUUACCGCUUCAUGGGCAUGCAGGAGCCCUUCUCCGUGCUCUUCUCGAUCGGCAACUUCUGGGCGCACUGGCAGGGCCUCAAGAAAGUGCGCGCCCUCAUCCCGGCCGACUACUCGCUACGGCCCUACUACGAGUUCUUCUCCUACUUUGGACUUGCUUCGUGGGUGUUUAGCUCCAUCUUCCACACUCGCGACUUUGCCGUCACCGAGCAGCUCGACUACUUCGCCGCUGGCGCCAGCGUGCUGUAUGGAAUGUACUAUACCUUUGUGCGCAUCUUCCGCCUCGACCGCCCGACCCCACGAAGACGCUCCGUCCUACGAGCAUGGACGCUGCUCUGUUUGGUGCUGUACACUUGCCACGUCGGAUAUCUAAAGGGUGUAAGCUGGGACUACACGUACAACAUGGCCGCCAACGUGGUGCUCGGCGUCAUCCAGAACGCCCUGUGGAGUUGGUUCAGUUUCGACCGCUACCGCAAGUCCCGCCGCGUCUGGGCCAUGUGGCCUGGUCUGGCUGUGGCCUGGGUCAUGUUUGCCAUGAGCAUGGAGCUGUUUGACUUUCCGCCUUGGCUGGGCUGCAUCGACGCCCACAGCUUAUGGCACCUGAUGACGAUUGGGCCGACUAUUCUUUGGUACAAUUUCCUUGUCAAGGACGCCAACGAUGAUAUUGCUGGAAGCGAGAGAUUAAAAGCCUAAUAGAAGAAAAACAAAGCAAGAAGGAAGUGGAGUGAAAGAUUACAAAAAGGGGGGGGGAAGACUCCAAAUAAUGAAUAUGCAUUAAACACACAUUAUCGGCGUUGGAUGUGAAGAAUUAUCAUUGAUUUAAUUCUACUACUUACGUUGAAAUAAAAAUAACAAGAACAAUUAUAUUCCAGAAAUCGCGGCUCCCCUCUUCGUGGUAUUAAAAAUCAGUACCCACGCAUCUCAGGGGCCGUCUUUUUGCCAUGGUAUUUCCUCUCCCGGUGCCGAUUCCAGUGCGGUCCUGUUCCCGUUUCGCACAAUUGUUUGAUAGUUGUUGCCCAGCCAAAGUUGAAACUAAAACAAGUAAAAAGAAAAAG